AUCUAAUUUUCCUCUCUAUUUCCUCCUGGUCUUAUAAAGUUUUACCCAAACCCAAAAUCUGAACUUUUCUUUUUCGUUUUGUUGAGAGAGUCUCCUCUGUACACACACAAUACUGAAACAAAUGUGAAGAAUAAAAUUAAGAAAAAAAAAAACCUUCUUUCUUUGAGCCCUACUUUUUUUUUUUUCUUCUUCUGCUUCUGCUUCUGCUUCUUGAGUUCUCACUCAUAAUAAUUAUAAAGCAAAAAGAAAAGAAAGAGAGAAGAGAGAGAUGCCUGCUUGGUGGGGAAAGAAAUCAUCAAAGAACAAAGAAGAGAAGCAUCAACAGCUGCAACAGGAUAAUAAAGAAGCAUCAAAUGGUAAAAAUGAUAUUCUUAAUAUUAACAAGAAGAAGAAGAGCAGCAGCAAUACUAUCAGAGAUAGUAAUAAUUCAAAGCGUAGUGGUAGUUUUGAUGAGCCCGUGCGGAAUUCACCACGUAUGAGCAAAGAUUUCGCGGGUGGGUCUUCUGGGUUUUCGGGUUUCGAUUCGGAUUCAGUUGAGAAGAGAGGUCUUGGUCUUCCCUUGCCUACACCAUCUGGGUCAGGGAGUGAUCAUGGGAUUACGAUUGGGUUGGGAUCUGGGUCGGCUUCUGGUGGUUCUGUUUCAAGUGUAAGCUCUUCUGGGUCUUCUGGUGAGGAUCAUCCGAUUGCAAGUGAUCAUCACACUAAUCUUUUUAAUGGUUACAGGUCAACUGUUGAUCACAGAGGAAAUGGUGAUAUAAGGUUCAAUAUGGGUUCGAGAAGUCCAGGUCCAGGGUCAAGAAGCCCCCGUCCUGGAUCUAGAAGCCCCGGUCCUGCAUCGAGAGGGGCUAGCAGGUCUGCAUCACCUCUUCAUCCAUUGAUGGGAGGUAUGAAUCUAGACUCUCCAACGGAUGGGAAGAAUCAAUGUCAUCCAUUACCUCUUCCGCCGGGUUCUCCUACCAGCCCUCCUUCAUUGCCAGGCUGUAGAACUCCUGUCGUGACUGAAAGCAUGAAUGUUCCAGUUUCAAGAUGGAAGAAAGGAAAGCUCCUAGGUAGGGGAACUUUCGGACACGUUUACCUUGGGUUUAACAGUGAGGGUGGACACAUGUGUGCAAUAAAAGAAGUCAGAGUUGUAUCUGAUGACCAGACAUCAAAAGAAUGUCUUAAGCAACUGAACCAGGAAAUCAAUUUGCUUAGCCAGCUUCAACAUCCAAAUAUUGUCCGAUAUUACGGUAGUGAACUGAGUGAAGAAACACUUUCAGUUUAUUUAGAGUAUGUCUCUGGUGGCUCAAUUCACAAACUACUUCAAGAAUACGGUGCUUUUAAGGAACCAGUUAUUCAAAAUUAUACCAGGCAGAUUCUUUCUGGACUUGCCUAUUUACAUGGAAGAAAUACUGUGCAUAGGGAUAUCAAAGGGGCUAACAUAUUAGUGGACCCUAAUGGUGAAAUUAAGUUGGCCGACUUUGGCAUGGCUAAACAUAUUACAUCUUGUUCUUCAAUGCUUUCCUUCAAGGGAAGUCCUUAUUGGAUGGCACCUGAGGUUGUAAUGAAUACGAAUGGCUAUAACCUAGCUGUGGAUAUAUGGAGCUUGGGAUGUACAAUUCUUGAAAUGGCAACAUCAAAACCACCAUGGAACCAGUAUGAAGGGGUGGCCGCAAUUUUUAAAAUUGGAAAUAGCAAAGAUAUGCCAGAUAUACCUGAUCAACUAUCAAAUGAAGCAAAAAGUUUUAUAAAACUGUGUUUGCAGCGGGAUCCAUCAGCACGCCCUACAGCCUCACAAUUGUUGGACCACCCUUUCAUUCGGGACCAAGCAACAACAAGAGCUGCUAACAUCAACAUAACUAGGGAUGCUUUUCCAUUCACUUUUGAUGGAAGCCGCACACCGCCGGCUUUAGAUCUUCACUCCAAGAGAUCAAGCAUCCCUCUUUCCGAAGGAGAAUAUGCAAUGAAGCCAGUGAUCACUAAUGUAAGAGGAUUGAAGAACACUAGUGGUACUGUAUGCAGGGAUGAUGUAAGAAUGAUCACUUCGCUACCUGUAUCCCCUUGUUCUAGCCCAUUACGACAAUACGGGCCAGCACACAAAAGCUGUUUCCUUUCACCUCCUCAUCCAACCUAUGCAUUGGUAGGGCAAGGUGGUUACAACUUGAGCGAUUAUUCGUUGUAUUCGGCAAGACCGAACACAUCAUACAAUCAUGAUCCUGGCUUCGAAAACUCAUUAUUAAAAGGUCAAACACCUGGUGCAUCACCAAGAACAAGGCCCAUUUGAGUGUAAAUACGAGCAACACGUACUUUUUCAUGCUUCGUCAUAAUGCGAUACAGUCUGAAACGACAAGGUUUUGUUGUCCAUGGUUCCGUGCUCUUAGUCACAGAAAUUUCCCACUACUUGAAUGAAGUCGGUGGAUUAUCUUCCCUGCGGAGAACUGGAGGGGACAAACUUUUUGGUGCAUGGACUGAUGCUAAAAUAUAUUGAUCUCAUGGCAUUCUCUGGGAUUGUUGUAAAUGGCCAGUGGGUCACUGUGUGUGUAACAUUCAUGUUGUAAUCUAGUAAAUUCAUGAGAGAUCAUUGCUGAUACCAAUGUUUCUAGUUAGAUAAAAAGAAUGUGGUGGUUUAGGCUCUUCUCCAAUACUUGUCCAGUUUGUACAUCUUCACCUUGCAGCACAGAAGAAUGAAAAGAUCUGUAAUUUCCUUUUA